AUGAAACAACUCUAUGUGGUAGAAGACAAAGAAAACUCUAAGAUUUGCCAGUUACUGUCAUCAUUAGAAAAGAAAGAAAAGGAAAUAGCAGAUUGCCAGAGAAAUAUUAUGAACAUCAAGAAACACGCAACGGACCUUCAGAUGUUCCUUUCAAUGAAGCAAAUAGAAAUAGAUGUCUACAGCAACAAUACAUUUCUACAGUCUCUUGUAGAAGGCGAGGGACAGCAUUCUCUUUCAUAUAAGAUCAACACCUCUAUCCAGAAUAUCAUGGCCGAUAUCAUAAGUUUUGGAGAAGUGCGUAUUGAAUCUAAACCUUUCGAUAUUGUUCUGAUCAAGAAGAAGACCAAACAAGCCCAAAUGAUGGUACCAACCGUUCAAUCAAGUCCCUUUGAAAAUAUCAAGCUAACGAUACACAAGACAAUCAACACUAAAGACUUCAUUUACGGAUGCUGCAUGCUCCCUGGUGGUAGAAUAGCAUUUACUUACUACUUUGCACAAACUGUUAAAGUUUUCAGCGAUAAAGGAUCAACAGACUUUGAGAUGAAGAUGCCGUGUAGUCCGUUUGAUAUAAUAUACAUCAGUGAGGACAAUACAUUGGCUGUAACAUCUGGGGUUUCAAAAAAGCAUUGCAUUACCAUUAUAGAUAUCAGGAGGAAACAAAUCAAGAAAACAAUUUCAUUAGAUUCGUCCAUUGAUGGCAUAGCACUGAAAAAUAAUACAUUGAUUUAUUCCAGUAGAGACAUAGGUAUACGAAUGAUCAAUCUGUACGACGAGUCUAUCAGUGACUUAGUCCGAGACGCAAUGCCAAGUGAAUGCUACACUUCAACCUUUAGGGACAACAUAUAUUAUACAAAGAACGUAACAAACACUGUUAUUUGUUAUAAUCUACAAGGUAAAGUACAAUGGACAUUCCACAACGAAAGUGUUCUGAGGAAUCCUCGUGGUAUUGAUGUAGAUAACGAUGGUAAUGUGUACGUGGCGGGAUACAGAUCGAACAAUGUUGUUGUUAUAUCCCCUGAUGGACAAAGACAUAGAGAAGUAUGUACAGCCAGAGAUGGUCUUAUUGAUCCUUUCACACUGCAUUACAGUGGACCGACGAAUCAGCUGCUUGUUGCUAACUUCAACAAGAACAAGUCUUUUUUGUUUAAUUGUACUUGAAAAAAUAACUGUUUAAACUGCUGUUUAUUUAGAUCAUUAUAUGAAAUGUCUAUAGUCAAAAGACAAUAUUUAUUUGCACAAACUUGUUAACAAUAAAUGUU